UAUUUUAUAUUUUAUCUAAUUCGUUUUUGUUUUUGAAAAAAGUUAUAUGCUUAAUUUUGAUUUUUGAGAUAAUCUGAAAAGGGCGAUAACUCUCCCUUAAAAAAGAAAAAACAGGGGGCGCUUUAAUCUGUUGAUGAUGCAGCUAGUGAGCAAAUGGAGAAAGUAUCACAAGUUGAUCAAAUAACUUUUGGCAGAUUGAAAUUGAAAGUUAGAAAAUACUGUGAUGUUAUGAACAAGUGAGCGGUGAGCAGGGACCUGGGUUAUGUGUGUUGUGCCUGUAGACAAAGUUUGAGUCACCACCGACUGAUAAAGAAUGUGGCUGGCUCGGCUGAUGGUUUUGGCCCUCUGCUCAUCUGACUGUUUUGCUCAAACACAGCAGAUUAUAUUCACCCACAGGCGGAGCUGUAGAAGACCUCACUACUACCAUGCUGAGAGUCACUACUUGAUCCGGGCCAAGGGUCAUCUCCCGGGGCGACACUGUAACAUGACCUUCCUGGAGUCGGACGUGGGCUGGACGUCCCCCGAUCAUCAGUGCUUCUCCCUCUGUGUAAGAAUUGUCAACGCCUCCAUGAGAAGCUGUGAUUUCAGAAUCACGUAUCAUGAUGGAAUUGAUGACCGUAAUCCAAGGAGCUUUAAUUGUAAGAGUUCUCCCCCUUCUUUGUGGUGCUCAAGUUACACGGAGAUGACAGUGGAAUUCCGCGAGACGGAGACGUACGACAGACGCAGCGGAGAGGGGUACGACCUAACACUGGAGAUCAAACCGUACUGUCAGCAGCCAGCUAGCACAGUGCCAGGUGAUGCCUAUCUGGACCACUAUCUUCGUAAGGAGAAGCGAGACCGAGACACCAUCAUUAUCGCGGGCUCCCUGGUCAGCACCAUCUGUUUCCUGUUCGUGAUUUUCUGGCUAGUCUAUUGCUGCUGGAAGAGGGAAGCCCCACAGGAGAGUCACCAAAGGCCCGCAACUCCUGUCUCCCAUAGCAACAGCUUCAAGUCUUCAGGGUCAGGAAGAAAGGGACCAGGAACCUCGCAUUCUUCAAACAGUGACCGAGCAGACGGCAAAAACUGGUACCCCAUGACCACGAGAUCUCCCCCCAAAUACCAGCCCCCAGUGUACAGACCUCAGGGGUGGGAUGCACAGGCCAAUGCCAGAUACACAGAGCUUCCCGGGACCUCCUACUCUCCACAAAGGGGGAUAACUCCAGGCUUCCACUUACGACAGUUUUCCCAGGGAGAGCCGUACAACCCCCUGGCCCCGAUCAGGGAACAGCCUCCCACCUACAGACUGACCUUCGAGGUCAGCGAGAGAUCACAUGACCUGGGAAUGCCAUUCCAUGGACCACCCCCGCUCCCUCCCCGUCCAAAUACAGAACAGCCGCAAUCAAAGCAGUAUUACAUAUAGUGAUUUAAUGUUUAUUUUAAUAACAAAGCCAUUUUAAGUUAUAUUUUUAUCACAUCUUGCAUUUUAUCAUAUAUACAAAGAUCUACCGAAUAACAAUUUCUAUGUAAAGAAUACUCUACAGUAAGCAUCAAAUAUACAUUAUAUCCAUUGACUUAUUUUGUGUCCAAAUUUAGAACAUCCCUUAUCAAACAGUUUUAUGUUAUUGAUAUGCUUUAGUUGAUAUAGGUACAAUGUAUUUUUUUAAUUGUUCAAGAUUAGCAAAAUUAAUCAAGAUAUUGAUUUAAUUAUAAUUAAGACUGAAAGGUAGUCACUAGUUAUUAGAGAUAGAGAGUCUUACUCAGGAAGAGGGGUUUACAUGUAUUUUUCAUGCAUAUAAAAUGUUAAAGAUCCAGUUAUGUUAAAACACGAUCUCAAUGAACUUGAAAGGACUAUAGCUAUCACAUUAUUAAUCGGCCAGUUCUACAGGCAUUGUUAAACAUUCAAUUUAAAUUUAAUUUUUGCAUCAAAUUUCAUUCAAAUUCGAAUCGAAAAGUUUGAAUAUGCAAUAAAAUCCAAUGUGUUCAUUCAUAUAUUGAUCCUCAUUAGAAAAGCUUGGCAUGGUGCUAAUACUGUUGUACUUCUAAUUUCAUUCUGAAUUUUACAAUCUUUUUAAAUAAAAAAAUGUUAUCCUUACUAACUGCCCUUAAUGAAUAUACAUUACUGUUGUAUAUGCAUGAAUAAGUAUUGUGAAUUUAUGAUUGUGAUACAUACAAUAUUAUAGUAGUACUUUUUAUUAAUAUUUUUGUUUUUAAUAUUGGUUGUUUGGAGGACAACACAAUGUUCAAAUUCACUGUAUGAAAAAAUUAAAUAACAAGGAUACCUUGACAGUUUACUGUUUAUAUCCAUUUUGUUUUUUUGUUUUUUUUGAAUUGGAGAUACAUGCUUUAAGUUAACUACAUGUAGAAUGUAUGUAACAUAUUACAUAUGUGAUACAUGUAGGACUAUUUAUAUAUAGAUAUUUAUCUACGGGUUUGUUUUCUUUACUUUUUUUAUUGAUCGAGUCACUUUAUAUAUAUUUUUAGCAGAUCCCCUGUUUUUGUUUGUUUUACUGUUAAGGUUGUAGAGGUUUUGUUUAAAAGUAUUUGUAGAAUAUAAAAGGAUGAUAAUUAUAACCAUGCAUGAACAUGUAUAUUGAUACAUUCUCAAUUUACAUGAGCUUAAUACCUGUAUUUAUUAAUAAAGACUUUUUGUUUUACUU